UGCCACCAUUUUACAGAAACCAAAACAAAUCCAUCUUUCAAGCUUCACAACAAACCUUUAAGAGAACCAAAAAGAAAUCACCAAAUUUUCUUUCUAUUUUAGGAAUGCAGAGAGAUGAGAAGCAAAUCCAUUCUUACUAAUUUUAUCCUAGGUGGCAUUAAGCCCCAAAUUAACCUCACUGGCAGUCGUAAUUGUCACCGGAAACACGUCGAAGACGGGUAGUUCUUUACCCUUUUUGAUCGUUUUUUCGAUAUUCGAACACCCUUUUGGAUCUUUUUUUACAAAAUUGGACACCCUUUUCAAUCUUGUUUAAGAAAAUUUGCUCAAAAAAGAAUCUUUGUUAUCCCAAAUUCACCUGAAUUGUCACCGGAAAGACGUCGAAAACAUCGUUUUUGACCCUUUUUGAUCUUUUUUUCAAAAUUUGAACACCCUUUUGGAUCUUUUUUUCAAAUUCAGAUACCCUUUUCAAUCUUGAUUCAGAAAAAUUGAUCAAAAAAGAGUUUUUGAUUGUCCAAAAUUCACCGGAAGAGUAGUUUCUUACCCUUUUCGAUCCUUUUUUCGAUAAUCCAACACCCUUUUGGAUCUUGUUUCAGAAAAUUUGCUUAAAAAAAGAAUUUUUGAUAGUCCCAAAUUCACUAUUUUCUAAUGGGGCCAGAAGAAAAAUGUGCUGUUUUGUAUGGAAAAUAUGAGCUUGGAAGAAUGUUAGGUCAAGGUACAUUUGCUAAAGUUUACCAAGCUCAUAAUAUGGUAACAAGUGAAAAUAUAGCAAUGAAAGUUGUUGGAAAAGAGAAGGUGAUCAAAGUAGGUAUGAUGGAGCAAAUCAAACGAGAAAUAUCAGUCAUGAAAAUGGUAAAACACCCGAAUAUUGUUGAGCUACACGAAGUUAUGGCAAGUAAAACCAAGAUUUACUUUGCAAUGGAGUUUGUUAAAGGUGGUGAAUUGUUUGAAAAAGUAACUAAAGGGAAGCUAAGAGAACAAAAUGCAAGAGGUUAUUUCCAGCAACUGAUAUCUGCAAUUGAUUUUUGUCAUAGUCGUGGAGUUUAUCAUAGGGAUUUAAAGCCUGAGAAUUUAUUGUUAGAUGAAGAGGGUAAUCUUAAGGUAACUGAUUUUGGGCUUAGCGCGUUUUCGGAUCAUUUAAGGCAAGAUGGUUUGUUACAUACAACUUGUGGGACACCUGCAUAUGUUGCACCUGAAGUUAUUGGUAAACAUGGAUAUAAUGGUGCAACAGCUGAUAUUUGGUCAUGUGGUGUGAUUCUUUAUGUGUUAUUAGCUGGUUUUUUACCAUUUCAAGAUGAAAAUCUAAUGGCUAUGUAUAAGAAAAUUCAUAAGGGUGAUUUUAAGUGUCCACCUUGGUUUUCAUCAGAUGCAAGAAAGUUGAUAACAAAGAUGUUGGAUCCAAAUCCGAGUACUCGGAUUACUGCUUCGAAGAUUAUGGAGUCUAAUUGGUUCAAAAAGACUGUUCCAAAGACUUUGAGGACUAAAGAGGAAGAAGAAUUUGUUGUAGGGGAUGAAAAGGUGAAAAAGAUCGAAUCUUUAAACGCGUUUCAUAUCAUUUCGUUAUCAGAGGGGUUCGAUUUGUCUCCAUUGUUCGAGGAAAAGAAGAAGAUGGAGAAGGAACAGUUGAGAUUUGCAACAACAAAGUCUGCUAGCAGUGUGAUUUCGAAGCUUGAGGAGGUGGCGAAAACGUCGAAAUUCAGUUUAAAGAGGAGUGAUUCGAGUGUUAGAUUGCAAGGGCAAGAGUGUGGGAGAAAGGGUAAAUUAGGAAUUGCUGCUGAUAUAUUUGCUGUGACAGAUUCAUUUCUGGUUGUGGAGGUGAAGAAAGCUAGUGGUGAUACAUUGGAAUACAAUCAGUUUUGCAGCAAAGAGCUAAGGCCAGCACUCAAGGAUAUUGUUUGGAAAUCAGCCCCUGACACACUUGUUUGAGUUGCAAUAAAAGCUACUAGUUUCAUAUAUUUGAAUCUAGAUUGAACGUGUUUAGUUUACUUCUUGUUCUUGUUGUUAGGAUGUAUUCAAAUUGAGACUGAAUCUGAAGUGUUGUUUCUUGAA